CCUGGGACUUUGCUAGGCGUCUAACAUCUGAGCUGGAGCACGCACAUAAUACAGUCUAGUGUCCUGUCUGUAAAGCAACUGCAGCGCGCUGAAGACUGCAACAACUUUUGGGUAUCUCUACUUUCCAUCGUCAUUGGCCUUUGUGGGAACUGAAGUCGAGGUGGAUGCAACUUAAACACGAACAUUAUAAAAAUAAGUUUGGCUGCUUAUUUAGAAAAGUUUGAAACCAAUGUUUUGUUGCCUGCUUUGAGUUUCUAUCGGAGAGUCUGGAACUCGAAAUACAUGCUGAAGACAAACUCAUACUCUUUCGCUUUAAAAAACAACUUUCCCUUAAUUAUUUAUUUAGUCUUAAUUGUUUAAGCUGGCCCAAUCACGGCUGUGAAUGAAGAAUCCAGUUAGUCAACCAACUUGCUAACUUUUAGAACUUUCGUUGCCAGCGAAGUUGAAAGAAAUCAGUGUCUUCAUGAGGAAAUUCAACGUGCUAGUUGAAACUCUGUCCUAGUAAUAGCCUACAGCUGAGCGCCUUUCCCGUGUUUUUGCGUUGCGGUUAUAUUUUAAACUUUUAUUUAACCGACUCGAUGAAGACGAUGUUAGUGUUCUCUACGGUUUACACAUUUGCCGUGCUGUUUGUUUCGACGAAGGCUGAGCCCAAGUCGACAAGCUGCAAUGAAGUUAGGGCUGCGUACCGUUCCAAAGGCUUCAACUCCAAUGAUGUUCCCAACAAAGGAAUACACGGAAUCCAUCUGAAGGUGUGUCCCCAGGAAUAUUCAUGCUGUACGCUGGAGAUGGAGGAGAAGCUGAGUCAGCAGAGCCACUCGGACCUGAAGGCCCCCGUCUCCCAGCUCAGCACCAACCUACAGAGCACCUUCAAACAGAGGCACAGCCACUUUGACCAGUUCUUCCGCGAGUUACUGGACAACGCGGAGCGCUCGCUCAACGACAUGUUCGUGCGCACAUACGGCAAGAUGUAUGUGCAGAACGCCGAGCUAUUCAAGCACUUCUUCCAGGAGCUGAAGCGCUACUAUGUGUCGGGCAGCGGGGCAGUCAACCUGGACUCCAUGCUGUCUGACUUCUGGGAAGACCUCCUGGAGAGGAUGUUCCGAUUGGUCAACGUCCAGUACGAGUUCAGCGACGCCUACAUGGAGUGCGUCAGCCGCCACACCGAGCAGCUGAAACCGUUUGGCGACGUGCCACGCAAGCUCCGCCUCCAGCUGACACGGGCCUUCGUGGCGGCGCGCACCUUUACCCGCGGCCUGGCGCUCAUGCCCGACGUGGUCAACAAGGUUUCCAUGGUCAAUGCGUCCCCUAGCUGUGUGCGGGCAGCCAUGAAGAUGAUGUACUGUCCCUACUGUUCUGGCCAGAUUGCCCUCAAGCCUUGUCAGAACUUCUGUCUCAAUGUGAUGCGUGGCUGUCUGGCCAACCAGGCUGAUCUCGACACCGAGUGGAACAACUUCCUGGAUGCCAUGUUGAGUCUGGCUGAGAGGUUGGAGGGGCCCUUCAACUUCGAGUCUGUCAUGGAUCCCAUUGACGUCAAGAUCUCUGAGGCCAUCAUGAACAUGCAAGAAAACAGCAUGCAGGUGUCACAGAAGGUGUUUCAGGGGUGUGGUCAGCCUCAGCCAGGUAAAGGCUUCCGGUCCCGUCGCUCAGUCAAGGAGACAGGAUUCACCGGUCGCUUCCGUCCCUACAGCCCCGAUGCACGGCCCACCACAGCUGCUGGCACCAGCCUGGACCGACUGACGACAGAUGUGAAGAAGAAGCUGAAGCAUGCUAAGAAGUUCUGGUCCACGCUGCCAGAGACUGUGUGUGUUGGAGAGAGGAUCACAUCAGGGGAUGACUGUUGGAAUGGAACAGCAAAGAGCAGGUACGAGUCUGUUGUUAUGGGCAACGGAUUGGCCAAUCAGGUGUCCAACCCAGAUGUGGAAGUGGACAUCACAAAGCCAGACCUGGUGAUUCGCAGUCAGAUCGCAGUGUUAAAGGAAAUGACUAGCUGGCUGAAGGCCGCCCACAGCGGCAACGACAUCUCCAGCGACCAAGAUGAGGACAGUAGCGGAGGAGAGGAGAGUGGCAGCGGCUGUGACUCUCCGUCCUGUGAGGUGGACCGGGACAUCUACUUCUCCACCACGGCCACCCCCAUCAACCCCCGCGUAGUCAAGGUGGUGCACCAGGACACGAGUGGCGGAGUCCGUGUGGCACACGGGAGCAUGGCACUGGCACUCAGUGCACUUGUCCUGGCCCUGCUCGCCCCUCACUGGAGAUAAAACUGCCGAGGGAAGGAAAGGGAGAGAGCGCCAGAGAGAAGGGGGGAAAAACUGUCAGAUACUUUAAAAAAGACUGCCUUCAGGACCUUUGUCUGCCCGCCAUCUUUUGGGGGGGGGGGGGGGCUCUGGAGUUAUUAAUAUUAUAAUAACUUCACUUUUAAUUUUUAUAAAAAUGGACAUCAAGUGUACAGCGAUACGAUUUUCUUCCAAAAUGUUCACUUUUUAAUUUUUUUUUUAUUAGCAUUUUGUCCUGAUUAACUGAUUAGUAGCCCCUUGAAGCUAGGAUCUCCACCGCCACAUCACCGACAGUGUUUUCAGUUCUACCAUUUUAGCCUAUUAUUCACAUUUUAGUUGUUGUUCAAGUGAGUGUUAGUGUCUUAAGGAUAUCUCAAUUGGAACCCGGGAUUGUGUGUGUGUGCGUGCGUUUUGUAGUGUGUCUGAGUGCUUUUCAUUUUAACAAUAUGCUCUCUAUUCACAAAUACAUUUCCCUUAUCAAGAGCGCAACUAAAGAACAAUGUUUGCCAAUGUUUCUGGUUUGUAUGAGUGUGUGCUUCCUUUUCUUUUUAAAGGUAUAGUGGCCGUAUCGUCAGGCUGGUCAGGGAUGAAUGUGUACGAAAACAUUGAAAUGGAAAUCUUGGUCACAUGUUGAAGCUUCAGACUGGCUCACAUAGCUGAAAGUACAAGAGACUGGUAGCUCUGUGGUUAAACACUGAGAGGAGUUACAGGGCUGAUUGUUUGGUAGGAGAUGGAACUAGCUGGUGAGGGGUUCUCUGGGUUUCUGUGUACCCAGGAUUGUAUUCAUCACAUCCUAAACUACACUCUAAACCAGUCCACUGAGAUCAUACCGCAUGUGUUCUCUGAAACAUCAUCAUUAUAAACUAGCUGUUGGAUGUAUGGGGGUAGUCUUGAUAUAGGUUACAAGGGAAUGCUGGAGAUUUGACAGGAGGGGCUCCCUCUCCCUGGCAUUCCCACUAUAAAGGCAGAGCUGACGAGUGUCCUGGGGCAGUGACUCUGCACAGUCAGUCUGACGUGAAGAAAUGAGAUCUUGGCAGGGAGUGGCUUGUAUGUUCAACAUCUUUUAGAUAUAGCAGAAAAGAGAAACAGAGAUACAAGUGACUGUGAAUUGGAGAUGAGGGAACCGUGGAGACUGAGUAUGAUCAAAUUGGAACACAGGGUUUUACGUGGAGGUAGUGUUCACAUGUUUUGUAAUAAAGAUAUGUAUUAGGUACUACAAUGAAUUGUAUUGUUAGUUGUAGGAGCUGGUGGUCUGUGUGCACAGAUUGUUUUGGGGUGCUUGUUUGCACCCCAAACAGACAUUUACCUCUACUUUCAUUCAUCUGUCUGACGAGUCCCCCCUUUGCAUCCAAUCAUUUCAACUGUUUGCAACUGAAGUUGAUAUAUUCUCUCUUGCAUGGAAAAUGAAACCUUGGUACGUUAGUAACUACUUAAUGGUCAUGAAAAUGUUGUUUUCUGGGAAUUCUCAAAUCAAUCAAUUGUAUCCGUUGUCAGCAGAAGUACUUUUCUGUCUCUCCAAACACAACGGUGUACCUGAGUUUGUGUUGAAUUGGACAACUGACAAGCACAAUAUGUUUGAAUUCACAUCACCUAAAAGUUUCACCUCACAUUAUCCACUAGUUGAUUUUGUACAGUAAAUUAUUUAAUUGCAUGUUUAUUUUAAAGCAUUUACAAACAUGCAUUCAAAAAAUACAGUACUCAGAAUGUAUUGAUAUAUUGUGUAGAUGAAAAGAUAUUCAUAAUUUUACAAAUUAACCGAAGGUAUUGGUUUCAGAGUUCCUAUUUUACAUUUGAAUUCUGUUAAAAAAAAAACAGACUUUCAUGUUGCAGUCUGUCAAGUCUUCUAAGGUGAUUGGCUGAUGUAUGGUGGUGAUGCCUGGACACGGCUGUUCGCUCAAUACCUUUUGUGCCUCUUGUGCCCCCAUGGUGCUGGACACAUUUCUGCACUAAACCUCUAAUGCCCACAAGGAUUACGCCUGGCCGGCCGCCAGGACUUGGAAGGAAUGCCCGAGGACAUUUGGGGAUUGAGGACAGGACAUUGUGAUGACAUGCAGCCAAAACAUCUAUGCAGCCUUUGCAGAGGAAAUAUCUAUACUGCCCUUCCACACUCAACUUGCAGUCUUUUAAUAAUGUUUCUGUCAUCAAAUUAUUUUUUCCAAUCUCAAAUGGUAAAUGUGCGACAGUAAUGGCAAAUGUCUGCUUGAGGGCCAUGGCUGCAGAACUUCCUGUAGGCACGGCAGCAGGUGUGUUUGUCUAGCUUAUUGUACCAUAGGGUGUCUCCUUGUUUAUGAUCCAUGGAACAACCUCAGGUGUGUCUGAAAUGGCACCCUAUUCUUAAAGGUGCACUGUGAGCCCUGGUCAAAAGAAGUGCAUUAUGUAAGGAAUGGGGUGUCAUUUCAGACACAGCCUGAUAGUUGAGGAGAUGGAUACAGUGCCUUGCAAAAGUAUUCAUCCGCCUUGGCGUUUUUCCUAUUUUGUUGCAUUACAACCUGUAAUUUAAAUGUUCUUUUAAAAUUUAGAUUUCAUGUGAUACAUACACAAAAUAGUCCAAAUUGGUGAAGUGAAAUGAAAAAAGUAACUUGUUUAAAAAAGAUUAUAUAAAAUAAAAAAUGGAAAAGUGGUGCUUAUGUAUUCACCCCCUUUGCUACAAAGCCUCUAAAUAAGCUCUGGUGUAACCAAUUACCUUCAGAAGUCAUAUAAUUAGUUAGAUUGCACACAGGGGGACUUUAUUUAACUGUCACAUGAUCUCAGAUAUACACUUGUUCCCAAAAUGCCCCAGAGUCUGCAACACCACCUGUGCAAGCGUCACCAUGAAGACCAAGGAGCUCGCCAAACAGGUUAGGGACAAAGUUGUGGAGAAGUACAGGGUUGGGUUAUAAAAAAAAAUAUAAGAAACUUUGAACAUCCCACAGAGCACCAUUAAAUCCAUUAUUAAAAAUGUAAAGAAUAUGGCACCAUAACAAACCUCCCAAGAGAGGGCCGUCCACCAAAACUCAUGGACCAGGCAAGGAAUCAGAGAGGCAACAAAGAGACCAAAGAUAACCCUAAAGGAGCUGCAAAGCGGAGAUUGGAGUAUCUGUCCAUAUGACCACUUUAAGCCAUACACUCCACAGAGCGGGGCUUUACAGAAGAGUUGCCAGAAAAAAAGCCAUUACUUAAAGAACAAAAUAAGCAAACACGUUUGGGGUUCGCCAAAAGGCAUGUGGGGGACUCUCCAAGCAUAUUGAAGAAGCUACUCUGGUCAGAUUAGACAAAAAAAUAUAGCUUUUUGGCCAUCAAGGGAAACGCUAUGUCUGGCACAAACCCAACACCUCUCAUCACUCGAGAACACCAUCCCCACAGUGAAGCAUGGUGGUGGCAUGCCGUGGGUAUGUUUUUCAUCGGCGGGGACUGGGAAACUGGUCAGAAUUGAAGGAAUGAUGGAUGGUUCUAAAUACAGGGAAAUUCUUGAGGGAAACCUGUUUCCAGAGAUUUGAGACUGGGAUGGAGAUUCACCUUCCAGCAGGACAGUGACCCUAAUUCUACUGCUAAAGCAAUACUUGAGUGGUUUAAGGGGAAUCAUUUAAAUGUCUUGGAAUGUCCUAGUCAAAGCCCAGACCUCAAUUCAAUUGAGAAUCUGUGGUAUGACUUAAAGAUUGCUGCACCAGCAGAGCCCAUCCAACUUGAAGGAGGUGGAGCAGUUUUGCCUUGAAUAAUGGGCAAAAAUCAGAGUGGCUAGAUGUGCCAAGACACCCCAAGAGACUUGCAGCUGUAAUUGCUUCAAAAGGUGGGUCUACAAAGUAUUGACUUUGGGGGGGUGAAUAGUUAUGCACGCUCUAGUUUCUUUUUUGUGUCUUAUUUCUUGUUCGUUUCACAUAAAAAAUAUUUUGCAUCUUCAAAGUGGUUGGCAUGUUGUGUAAAUCAAAUGAUACAACCCCCCCAAAAAUACAUUUUAAUUCUAGGUUGUAAGGCAACAAAAUAGGAAAAAUGCCAAGGGGUGUGAAUACUUUUGCAAGCCACUCUAUAUGACGGCACACCCCAUCGGUCUUCGGCCCACCAGAACAGCAUGGCGUCAUCUUUGAGGACUGAGGAGUUUGGGACACAAUAUUCCCCUGGGCAAAAUAGUGCACUACAUAGGGAAUAGGGUGUCAUUUGGGAUUCCUAUGAGUGACAAAGUAAUAUGUAAAUGAGCAGCCAUUUUAGAUGUCUCUGAAAGAGGCCAUAACAAUCCAUGUUGUUACUUCUGAGUAUCUCCUAAAUGUUAUGAGAAAAACAAGAUGAGAUAGAUGCUAAAUUGUAAAAGAAAAGGUGUCUUCCUAGUCUUGUUGAAAUAAAGACUGCAGACAUUUAAA